UCGCGCCGCGCUGAUAUUUAAACCAUCCCCACAUCGCGCAUGCCAGAGAUGCGAGCUGCAGCGAUUUCUGCGCUGAGAACGGAAAGAUGCUGCCUUUCCCGAGCCGCCGCGUUCACGGAUUAAGCUGGAUUUCAGGACACACCUGUAGAUUUUUCACCUGCUCUGCAUAAUGCCUUAUCUGAGACAGUUCCUGAUUUUAGUGCUCUUACUGGGCUCGUUUGGGGGAUGCCGGAGUAAACACAGCACGAGAGAGAGGAGGUGGACAGGAGCUGUGGAAACUCAGAAGCAUGGGACCUCCCUGGCAAAGAAGCCACCGGAUGUGACAAAAUCACGUCGACUGAAAACAGAGCAGUUGUUGAAAGUGGACGACCAUGAUUUCACCAUGAGGCCCGUUUUCGCAGGUCCUGCUAUUCCAGUGGGAGUUGAUGUACAAGUGGAGAGCUUGGACAGUAUUUCAGAAGUAGAUAUGGACUUUACUAUGACAUUAUACCUGAGACACUACUGGAAGGAUGAGCGCUUGUCUUUCACCAGCUCCACAAAUAAAAGCAUGACUUUCGACGGACGCUUGGUGAAGAAGAUCUGGGUUCCUGAUGUCUUCUUCGUCCACUCUAAAAGAUCUUUUAUUCAUGACACCACCACAGAAAAUAUCAUGCUGAGAGUCUUCCCUGAUGGUCACGUUCUUUACAGCCUGAGGGUCACCGUUACAGCAGCCUGCAACAUGGACUUCAGCCGCUUCCCGCUGGAUUCACAGACAUGCUCUUUGGAGUUGGAGAGCUACGCCUACACGGAUGAGGAUCUGAUGCUGUACUGGAAAAGUGGAGAUGAGUCUUUGAGUAUAGAUGAGAAAAUCUCUCUCUCUCAGUUCCUCAUACAGAAGUUUCACACUACCUCUCGGCUGGCUUUCUACAGCAGCACAGGGUGGUACAACCGCCUGUAUAUAAACUUUACGCUUCGCCGCCACAUUUUCUUCUUCCUGCUGCAGACUUAUUUCCCUGCCACACUUAUGGUUAUGUUGUCAUGGGUAUCGUUCUGGAUUGAUCGCAGGGCUGUUCCAGCCAGAGUUUCAUUAGGUAUCACCACGGUGCUCACUAUGUCCACCAUCAUCACUGGGGUGAACGCCUCCAUGCCCAGAGUCUCCUACAUCAAAGCUGUGGACAUUUACCUGUGGGUCAGUUUUGUGUUUGUGUUCCUGUCCGUCUUGGAGUACGCAGCCGUCAACUAUCUGACAACGGUCCAGGAGAGGAGAGAGCGUAAGCUCAGAGAUCGAGCAGUUAGAGAGCAGUCAUUGCCCUGCACCUGCGGUAUGUCCCACACCAGGACCAUGAUGUUGGAUGGGACCUACAGCGAGGCUGACACCAACAGCUUGGCUGGCUACACAGAAGCUCCCAUGGUUCCCGAGGAAGUGGUGCCAGAAAAACAGGAGCACAUGGUGGUUCACCUGUCAGUGAGCAGCGAAUCUACCAACACUAAGAAAAAGGGCAUCCGCGCCUUACGCAUCAUGCAGAACACGCAUGCCAUUGAUAAAUACUCCCGCAUGAUCUUCCCGGGAGCCUAUAUAAUUUUCAACCUUAUUUACUGGUCGGUGUACUGCUGAUCGUUCUCCAGCUACAUCCAUCUUUUACACUUUUUUUGGACUUACGGAGGUUUUAUACAACCAUCCUUGACUUUUUGAUGCACAUCAAACAUUGGCUCACGUGAUACCAAACUGCGGUUACCUUUGUCACUUUUCAUACGCAAAAAGACUGGGGAAAUGCAAAGUGAAGGCGGGCUGGGAAGCGCUUCAUAUAGGCCUUCAUAUAGACAAAUGAACUGUACGACACUUAUCAGACUUUUGUACGGGCUUAUGUGUUUUCUCUUCAUGUUUGCGUCAUUGGACUAUUAAUGAUAUAGUAUGUACAGAGCAAGAAAGUCUGUUCUUAGCUUCUCUUUUAAAGGUGUACUAAUUAAUUUUUCCACUGUUUUAUAGCUAACAAAAAUGAUUAGUUUUGACAAAUCUGUUUCACACUCACUCAGAUCUAGUCAUAUCGUUGGCUUAGAAAAUACAGGUGUAAAUAAUAUUGUGGGUUGCCAUGCUGAGAUCAUAUUGGACUAGCUUGGUUGUGCAUUUUAAGCGGUUUAAAAUAUGUUAAAAUAUUUAUUGAUUUACAUAGCAUAUAUUUAUACAGUUUAACAGUGCUCAAGGUGCUCUACAAAAUAAAAACAUAAAACAAAUCAAAUGCAACAUAUAUAUUAAAGACACAUUCUAACGUUCCUAGAGUUAACAGACUUUAUGAAAAAUAACAGAUGGUAAUUUAUUUAUUUUUUAACAUUCUUAAAAUUAUUUAGUGCACCUUUAAGUCUAUUUGCUUAUCUGCGCAAUGUCCAGUUUUAUUUCAUUUAGGAAAGACAGUUUGUUUAUGCAAAGGCAAUCUCUCAUGUUAAUGUAUCAUAAUUACCAGUAAGAAGAAAGAAUCUCCUUUCAGUUUGAGGUUUAUUUGGAUGUAUGUUUAUGUGGUGUGUGUAUGUGAGUGUAUUUGAUACCAUUAUAUUUCUCAUGCAAAAUAAAUAAUAAUGUCUUUAC